GCGCGCGAGGCUCGGGGGAGGCGCGCUCGAGCUCCCGGCGGCGACGGCUACGACGACCAGGAGAGCGGUCGGAGGCGGCGCCUGAAGCAGCGGCGGAGCCCAUGCCCCGGGACGGAGGGCGGGCCCGGAGACACAAGCCCGGGGUCCGGGACAUGUCCCCGGGGCCUCCGUGAGGAGGCGGCGGCGGCGGCGGCGGCGGCGAUGGAGAUCCCGCCGCAGGAGGCGCCGCCCGGGCCGGGCGCGGACGGCGACGCCGAGGAGGCCCCCGCCGAGGCCCGAUCUCCCAGCCCCGCAUCGUCCCCCGCCGACGGGCGCCUCAAGGCUGCGGCCAAGCGCGUCACGUUCCCCUCCGACGAGGAUAUCGUGUCCGGAGCGGUGGAACCCAAAGACCCUUGGAGACACGCCCAGAAUGUGACCGUGGACGAGGUCAUCAGUGCCUACAAGCAAGCCUGCCAGAAGCUGAACUGCAGACAGAUCCCCAAGCUCCUCCGGCAGCUCCAGGAGUUCACAGACCUCGGACACCGCAUCGACUGUCUGGACCUGAAAGGUGAGAAGCUCGACUACAAGACCUGCGAGGCCCUGGAAGAGGUCUUCAAGAGGCUGCAGUUCAGGGUCGUGGAUCUGGAGCAGACAAACCUGGAUGAGGAUGGUGCUUCGGCCCUCUUCGACAUGAUCGAAUACUAUGAAUCCGCCACCCACCUCAACAUCUCCUUCAACAAGCACAUCGGCACCCGGGGCUGGCAGGCCGCUGCCCACAUGAUGCGCAAGCAGACGAGCUGCCUGCAGUACUUGGACGCCCGAAACACGCCCCUGCUGGACCACUCCGCGCCCUUUGUGGCCCGCGCCCUGCGUAUCCGCAGCAGCUUGGCAGUGCUGCAUCUGGAGAACGCCAGCCUGUCGGGGCGGCCCCUCAUGCUGCUUGCCACGGCACUGAAGAUGAACGUCAAUCUGCGGGAGCUCUACCUGGCCGACAACAAGCUCAACGGCCUGCAGGACUCGGCCCAGCUGGGCAACCUGCUCAAGUUCAACUCCUCCCUGCAGAUCCUGGAUCUCCGGAACAACCACGUGCUGGACUCAGGUCUGGCCUACAUCUGCGAGGGCCUCAAGGAGCAGAAGAAGGGGCUAGAGACCCUGGUGCUGUGGAACAACCAGCUGACGCACACUGGCAUGGCCUUCCUGGGCGUGACGCUGCCGCACACACACAGCCUGGAGACGCUGAACCUGGGCCACAACCCCAUCGGGAACGAGGGCGUGCGGAACCUCAAGAACGGCCUCAUCAGCAACCGCAGCGUGCUGCGCCUUGGCCUGACCUCCACCAAGCUCACGUGCGAGGGCGCGGUGGCCGUGGCAGAGUUCAUCGCCGAGAGCCCCCGCCUCCUGAGACUGGACCUUCGGGAGAACGAGAUCAAGACGGGCGGGCUCAUGGCACUGUCCUUGGCCCUCAAGGUGAACCACUCACUGCUGCGCCUUGACCUCGACCGUGAGCCCAAGAAGGAGGCGGUGAAGAGCUUCAUCGAGACGCAGAAGGCGCUCCUCGCAGAGAUCCAGAACGGCUGCAAGCAGAACUUCAUGCUGGCGCGCGAGCAGGAGGAGAAGGAGCAGCGGCUACAGCUCUCCGCCUCCAUGCCUGAGAUCACCGUCACCGAGCCCCAGCCCGACGAGGAGCCCGGGGACGAGCCCGCCACCAGAGCCCAGGAGAACGGGGCCACGGGCCCCGGUGCCAGGCCGGACUCAGACUCAGACUCGGACUCCGAGGAGGAGGACGGGGAGGGGGAGGAUGGGGAGAGGGCUGAGGCCCCCUGCCCUGCCCUGGUGCCCCCCUCGGACUCCCUGGGCUCUGGGGACAGGAGCCCCCCAGGCAGCCCCUCCUCCCCCACCGAGCAGCGUAUUUCUGUGUCCAGCCCAGGCCGGGGCCACAAAGUGUUUGUGGUGACUCGGGUGGAGAGUCCUCCUGAGAGGGCAGAGCCCCCGGUUCCCCCCGUCCCUCUUCCCCCCGCUGCUCCUGCUUGUCCUCCCUCCCCACCUGCUUUAUCCUCCCCGCCCACCUCACCUGCCCUGCCACCGGCUGAGGCCGUUGGCACUCAGGACCCAGGGGUGUUGGAGCCUCAGUCACAGCUGGAGCCGCCUCAGGCAGGGCCACCGCUGCCCAACGGCCUGAAGCCUGAGUUUGCCCUUGCACUGCCCCCAGAGCCACCCCCGGGACCUGAGGCCAAGGCAGGCAGCUGUGGCCUGGAACAUGAACUGAGCUGCUCCAAGAAUGAGAAGGAGCUCGAGGAGCUGCUUCUGGAAGCCAGUCAGGAAUCUGGGCAGGAGACACUGUGACACUUUAGUUCCUUUUUUCCGGUCAGUCUUCGAUGAGCUGAGGCCAGAGCCAUGAGAAUCUGCUCACCUUCACCCCCAGCGUUCCUGAGGCCUGGGCCACCAGGGG